GAAAGAAGCUUGGAGCCUGCUCCUCGGACAGCAUUCCUGACCUGCUCCCACUUGUUCGCCAACCGUUAGCAAGUCACGCUGUGGCAGGUCGGGGCAUAAGCUGGAUCUUCAUCCCGGCUUUCUGAGGCAUCUGGAAGAAUUCAAACAUGGGGGGUUCCUACCGAUGACGAACUUUUGUGACAGGAGGCGAUCAUUGUUCAAGACUGAAAAUCUCUUCAACGUUUGUGAGAGCAGGACUGGCAGCUGACACGGACUGAGAAGAUAACAAAAAUUAUAAACAUGUCAUCUACUAACAAACUGUCUCCUCUGGAAGCUGGGAAUUAUGGGCAAAGCAUAACCUUUCAUAGCAGCACCAUUGUAAGAAGUCCCAGUUUCAUCAAAAGAGUGAACAAUUCAGCAACAGAACAGACCCACUUUAGAAAAUGGAUACAGGAAAACCUCAGGAAAAAGUCUUGCGCCUACUUUGUGGAAAGCGAAGACGUGCCAAAGGCCACAAGGCCAGUGUGUGAAUGUGGAUAUGCCAAGUCCCAGCAUAGUGAGGAAGCCCUUAAAGCAGGCCAACUACAAGGGGAGAGAUGGAACGCCACAAAACACAUCCAACAAUUCCCAACUGAUGCAUUCGGAGACAUAGCAUUUGAAGGUCAAGGACAGAAGAGUGGGAAAUACGUUCGAGUCUCGAAUGACACAGCACCAGUGGCACUAUACCAGCUCAUGACCAAGUACUGGGAGCUGGAUCCUCCCCACCUUCUCAUUUCCGUCACUGGAGGGGCAAAGAACUUUAAUCUGAAGCCAGACUUGAGGUUCAUGUUCCUCAGAGGCCUCAUGAAAGUGGCGCAAUCAACAGGUGCAUGGAUAAUCUCAGGGGGUUCCUUCACUGGAGUGAUGAAGUACGUUGGAGAGGCUGUGCGACUUUGUAACAUGACCAGCACCCAGAAAGAAAAGCAAAUCAUUGCCAUCGGUGUUGCCAGCUGGGGUAUCGUGCACAACCGUGACAGCCUGGUCGAUACACAUGGGAAGUUCCCUGCAACAUAUUACGUGGAUGAAGAAAAUCAGGGCAGAUUAUCUUGUUUGGACUACAACCAUACCCAUUUUAUCCUGGUGGAUGAUGGGACCCAAGGACAUUAUGGUGUGGAGAUUCCCCUGAGAACCCAGUUAGAAAGAUACAUCUCAAAGCAGCGAAUGGGGACUGAAGAUGUUGGACUUGAAAUCCCAAUUGUAUGUGUUGUCCUUGAAGGUGGGCCUGGAACAUUGAGUACGAUACACGGUGCGAUGAGCAAUGGAACUCCUUGUGUGAUUGUGGAGGGGUCAGGCCGCGUGGCUGACAUCCUGGCAAAUGCAGCUGACCUACCCAUGACUGAGAUUACCAUCCCCUUCAUCCAGAAGCAGCUGCGCACAUUCUUUGCUGAAAGCUACAACAUGUUCUCUGAACGAGAAAUAAUAUUGUGGACCAAAAAGAUCCAAGACAUCAUCAGGAUGCGGGAACUUCUGACUGUUUUCCGGCCAGAUACAUCAAGGAAUAAUGAUCUGGAUGUUGCCAUUCUGCAGGCCUUAUUGAAAGCUUCUACUUCUCAUGGGCACAAAUGGCAAGAGAACCUGGACCAUCAACUGCAACUGGCUAUUGCCUGGAACAGACUUGAUAUUGCCAAGCAGCACAUAUUUACUGAUGACAAACAGUGGAAGUCGUCCCACCUCUAUCAAGCCAUGUUUGCUGCUCUAGUUGGAAAUAAACAUGGAUUUGUCGAACUCUUCCUGGAAUACGGGGUGAACCUGAAUGAAUUUCUUUCACCAAGAAUGCUUGUCCGACUUUAUAACAAUAUCCCACAUCAUACUCCCUUGUAUAAGAAAUUACGCAAAGUGGUGGAUAGUGAGAAGCAUCCGCAGAUCGGUGAUAAAAUGGAGACCAACAAGAAAGUCCUUCUUCACCACGUCUCCGUGCUUUUGCAGGAGUUGCUAGGUGAAUUCAUGGAGCCACUCUAUAAGCAACCAAGUAUCUCCUCCAGGAAAUCAUUUGACAUGAAAACCAUUCGCCGCCAACAGGAUGAGUUCUAUGAGGGACAACUAGACAGUCCAGAGCGAGACCUCUUUAUUUGGGCAAUAUUAAUGAAACGCAAGAAUAUGGCGUCUAUUUUCUGGAGGCAGGGCAUGGACAGUAUCGCUGCAUCGCUGAUUGCCUGUAAGAUCCUGAAAAAAAUAUCCUCAGAAGAGAAUGACACAGACUUGUCUGAGUUGAUGGAGGAGCUGGCCCAGGAGUACGAGGAUCAAGCCGUUGGGCUCUUCACUGAAUGCUACAGGAAACAUGCCAAACGUGCACAGAAGCUGCUGGUUAGAGUUUCUGCAUCCUGGGGGAAUACCACCUGCUUGCGCCUAGCGUUGGAAGCUGAGAGCAAGAAGUUCAUGGCACAUGGAGGAGUUCAGGACUUGCUGACCAAAAUAUGGUGGGGAGAGCUCUCUGUGGAAACACAUACUUGGCAGAUUCUUCUCUGCUUGAUGCUGUGGCCUGCCAUCUAUUCAAAACUUAUCACUUUCAGGCAAAAUGAUGUUAGGAAAAAGGAGUUGUCCAGCAAUGCUGAGUUCAGUGUUAAAGUGGAGUCUCUGCUGACCAGACAACGUUCCCUGAUCCGCAAAGAGGAGGAUGUGAAGCCUUUAUCCUGUUGGCAGCAGCUGAGAGCAUUCUACACAGCUCCAGUGGUGGUCUUUUAUUGGAAUGUGUUGGCAUAUUUUGGCUUCCUCUGGCUUUUUUCCUACGUUAUCCUGAUUGAUUUCCAGAGGGAGCCUUCCGGGAGAGAAUACCUUCUCUACGCCUGGAUUUCAACCCUGGUGUGCGAAGAAUUGCGACAGUUUCUCUACGAUCCAGGCAGUUUUGGAUUCCGAAAGAAGGCACUCCUUUAUAUCAACAGCGCAUGGAAUCUGAUGGACGUGGCUGCUAUUUUGAUCUUUAUAGUUGGGCUCGUUUGCAGGUUGUUUCCAGCAACAUUUUACCAUGGAAGGGUCAUUUUUGCCCUGGAUUUCAUCAUUUAUUGUCUGAGAUUGAUGCACAUCUUCACUGUCAGUAAAACACUUGGGCCAAAGAUUAUCAUGCUGGAGAUGAUGAUGAAAGACAUCUUCUUCUUUCUGUUCCUGCUGUUUGUGAUAAUUGUGGCUUAUGGUGUAGCUAAUCAUGCCAUCCUCAUCCACAACGAAGGACGGCUAAACUGGAUAUUCCACGGGGUUGUGUACAAGUCAUACCUGAUGCUCUAUGGAGAUAUGCCAACUGAUAUCAGCUAUUCGGGUUUUGACCUCAAUCAAUGCAGCGUGAAUGGCACUGAUCCCUAUCAGCCAAAGUGUGCAGAACAUAACAGCAUUGGAGAACCCAUCUUUCCCGAGUGGCUAACCAUCCUUCUGCUCUGCUUAUAUCUGCUCUUCACCAACAUUCUGCUGCUCAACCUGCUCAUUGCAAUGUUCAACUACACCUUUCAAGUGAUCCAAGACAAUACAGAUAAGAUCUGGAAAUUCCAGAGGUAUUCGCUGAUCGAGGAAUAUUACACCCGCCCGCCUGCACCACCUCCUUUUAUCAUCUUCAGUCAUAUAGUCGUCUUAAUUGAAUGUGCAACUUGCAAGCAAUCAAAACGGAAACACAAGAAAUUCAAGAAGCAGCUGGAUGAGAAAGAGGAAGCUGAUAUAUUAUCCUGGGAGAAUAUAAUUAAAGAGAAUUAUCUAGUCAAGCAAACACGGAACCAGAACCAGAGUGUAAAUGAGCAGGUCAAGUGCACCUUGGAAAAGGUGGAGAUGGUGGCGGAGGUGCUUGACGUGAACAGAGAGCACAACAAGUUUGAGGUGAUGGAGCAGACGAUCCAUCACUUGGAGGAUCAGAUGCUUCAGAGUAUGCGAGCCUUGAACUGGAUCAUGAACACUCUCAUGAACAAGGAUUUUAGCUCCCGGGAAAAUGCACCAGCCCUUGUAAUUUCUGAUAGUAGAAUUAAAAACAAAGAAGAUGUUGGUGAAGAGGGGGAUUUGAAACCCAAGUAUCACAUUAAAGCUCGCAGCUUGGUCUAUCCAGAUAGCAACAUUGAACGCUUUCCUGUGCCUGAUGAGAUGGUCCCCUGGCAGGUUAAAUUUACCGAGUACCAACCAUCUUCUUACACAGUGGAAAGACCAGAUGAGAAUCGACUAACAAGGAAAAUGGCUCCAUUAGCAGACUGCCUGGACAGUGGAUUGGAUGACGACACUGCCAUAGUUAAUGAAUCCCUCCAGAAUCGCGUGAAUCCAGAUCACAUGAAUCCAGUGGGUAGGACUGGACUAACUGGAAAAGGGAGCCUGCACAGUUUUGGAUGUAACCUUAUGAUGGAACCCAUUAUAACUCGCUUUCAUAGGAACUCGGAUAAUUCAGUGGUAGUGAAAGGUUCCAAGAAUGUACUGGAGUUACUUGUUGUCCAGUGUCCAGGUGAAGACUGGACGCUGCCUGCGGGUAUUCUGAAUCCUGGACAGAAAUUCCCGAAGAAACUGAAACUGAUUUUAAACGCAAAGAUGAUGAGCAUGUUUCAGAAUCUACAGAAUGAAGCUUUGAAGAUUUACCGGGGCUAUGUGGAUGACCCAAGGAACACAGAUGAUGCAUGGAUCGAAACUGAGGUUCUCAACUUUCACCUAAAUGAAGGCAAUUCGCUCAUUAAUACUCUCACAAGUCGAGCUGAGUCGGGAGUAAGCAGAGAGAUCAGACUCCCCUUCCUACAGCAAGGCUCGGUGCAGGAGAUCGUGGCAAAGUGGCAAGUGAUGGAGCAGGGAGUGCCAGUGUGCAUGGUCUACAAGGACUACUUACAAACUGUGGCAGAGAACCACUCGGCCCACUUCUGAGUCACUGUCUCCUAUUGAAAGGCCAUCUUUAAGGCUAGAGCCAACUAAUAAAUCUGAGUGUGAAAGACAUGAAGACAAUUCACCAAAUGAAAAGUGCCAAAGCAAGUAGGUGAAGGUGAUAUAGAAGUGACUCUCAAUGCUUUGCACACAGUGCCUACUAUUGUAAGAACAAGUACCCAGUGUAAAGGGUCAUCUUACAAAUUUGGCGCCAUACAAAUUGUUCCAUGGUCUAACCUACUGGAAGGGGGAGAAAAGCCCGAUAGCCCCUCCAUUUCCUCAAUCUUUGUAGUAUUACAACGACGUGGGAAUCUACUGAAAUACUGCACAGUGAAUCUUUGUGCACCUAUCGAUAAAGACAAUAUAUCUGACCUGAAAAGCAAACAAAACUGAAAUGCUGGAAAUCUAAAACAAACAUAGAAAAUGCUGGAAAAACUCAUCAGGCCAAGCUGCACCUGUAGGAAGAAAAUUUGAUGCUGAGUAUUUCCAGCAUUUUCUGCCUUCACUAGCUAACUAGCACCAACUGAUUAGCAUCAGAGCUUAAUAGAAGGCAACGUUAUAAAUCCUUCAAUGCAGUGAUUAUAAAACCCCUUUAUUCAUAUACAUGGACAAGCAAUUAUAAAUGGCUUUUAAUAGUAAACAUUGACAGGAGAUUACAAAACUUUUUGAUGGUAAACAAUGGACACUUAAUAGUAAAUGUUGCUGGGUGAUUAUUAAAAAUAUUUUAAAAUUAAACAUUAGUGGAUAAUAAGGUAAGAGUUUUAAUGGUAAUCAUUGGGGUGUUUAAUAUUCACUAUCAUGAAAAACCUGUGUUCCCAAAUCCAUAAUUGUGGCUAUCCUGUAAAUUGAGUAAUAAUCAAACUAAAUGCUUGAAAAUAUCCACCAAUUACAGCUAAUGAAUAUUUAAGAAUGAAAAUAAAUGUCUUCAACUACGAGCGUGUUGCUAUUUGGUGCUUCUUUGCUGAAUGAAGAUAUGCAUGUAAUGGAUGAAGCCAGGCUGCCUCCAAUCAAAGAGGUGUUCCUUGGGUUGAAAAUGAGGGAGGUGUAAGGGGGAAGGCAGUCAUUCAUCCCCUGGUUCGAUCAGCUUUCCUUCGGGCCCUCUCCUCUUACCCUGCUCAUGCUGCACACCCAGUGAUUCAAGCACUGAAGCUGAAUCCUAAUUACACUUGGCAAAAGGAGAGGUGCGUGAUAGCAGAGGGUUGUUUCUGUGAUGCCACUGACUAAUGGUGGUCCACAGGGAUCCAUGCUGUUUGUGAUAUACGUGAAUGAUUUGGAUGUGGGAGUCACAUAGAAAAUAGGUGCAGAAGUAGGCCAUUCAGCCCUUCGAGCCAGCACCACCAUUCAAUAUGAUCAUGGCUAAUCAUCCAAAAUCAGUACCCCAUUCUGGCGCUUUCCCCAUAUCCCUGAAAAAUGAUCACCAAUGCAUCCACAAUUUAUAGGGCCACCUCCUUAAGUACUCUGUGAUGCAGACCAUCAGGCCCUGGAGAUUUAUCUUCCUUCAGUCCCAACAGUUUACCUAACACCAUUUUCUGACUAAUGUGGAUUGUUUGUGCCUUCCUUCGUGAAGACAGAACCAAAGUACUCGUUAACUGUUCUGUCAUUUCCUUGUUUCCCAAUAUAAAUUAAUCUCUCUGACUGUAAGGGACCUACAUUCAUCUUUGCUAAUCUUUUCCUUUUUACAUAUCUAUAGAAACUUUUACAGUCAGUUUCUAUGUUCCCCGCAAGCUUUCUUUCAUGCUCUUGUUUCCCCUCUUAAUUGUCCUCCUCUAUUGAGUUCUAAUUUCUCCCAGUCCUCUGGUCCCAUACCUUCAAAGUCUCAUUUAUUUACGUUCAGGACCCUAGUCUCUGAAUUAACUGUGUCACUCUCCAUCCUAAUGCAGAAUUUCACUGUAUUAUGGUCACUGUUGCCCAAGGGGCCUUGCACAACAAGAUUGCUAACUAAUCCUUCCUCAUUACACAAUAUCCAGUCCAGGACGGCCUGCCCUCUAGUCGGUUCUUCUACAUAUUGGUUUAAAAACCCAUCCCGUAUACAUUCCAGGAAAUCAUCCUCCUCAGCACCAAAGAUCUUAGAGCAGAGCAAGAUAGACCACACCUGCGAAAUACAAUGGGCUGACGUGUAGUACGCUAUGGAGGGGAUCCUUCGCAUUUUUCCCCGCCCAUUUUAGUAACCGGAGCCUGCCUGACCCGACCCGACUCGCAGUGUAAUCAAUGUUGCGGGGCAACAGUUUGUGUGUGUGAUAUAGGGUUAGAUUCAUAAUUCUGUCAGUUCAUACUUCUUGUCAAGAAUAAAAUUUGACUGUGGUAAUUGUCUUUUUUUAUGUUUUUUAAAUCAUUUAUUUUUAAAUGGCUCACAAGCAGUGUUUGAGUUGAUUUUGUAGUAACCGGAACCUACCCGACCCGACCCGACUCGCAGGGUAAUUGACAUUGCGGGGGAAGUUUUUGUAUGUGAUAUAGGGUUAGAUUCAUAAUUCUGUUAGUUCAUAAUUCUGCUAAUUCUUGUUAAAGAAUAAAAUGUUUAUAAACACA